AUGAAGGACAGAGAGACUGUGGCAGGACCGUUGGGGAUUGUGUCUUCAAUUGAAACUGUGGCAAUCGAAGUUGGCAUAGCUUUAAUCGAUCACGGAAACGCUUCGGACAUAGUAGUUGCUGAGGACAACCUGAAUGGAGUUAUUGCCUUAAGGGGGAAAGCGGAAGUUAAAGAUAGCGGUUACUCAACAACUUUUGACAGUAAAGAUGACUCAUCUGGAGUGGCGACUGAAAUCACUAUAGCCAAUACCCAGUUUGAAGAAAACGGUGCCAUAAAGGCUUUGCCAGCGAAUAGCAGUUUGGUCGUGGUGGUACUCAAGUUCAACAGCAUUGAGGAAUUGUUGGUCAAAGAAGAUGUUGAGGACCAGACACCGGGAAACAAACGACUCGCUAGCAGUGUUUUGUCAAUUCAGGUGGUUGCGGAUGGUAAACCUCAGUCGGUACCCCUUUCCUUUAAACUGGGGCAUUUAGAGCCUACAAAAGAGGAAAAACCAAAGUGUAACUUCUGGGAACCGGUACUUUCUUCUGAUGGGGACAGUAGUAAGACUGCCGGGAACUGGAGUGACGCAGGAUGUACAAAGGAUGCGCUUGCUUCCUCAACCCACGCUACGGUCUGCAACUGUGACCACAUGACUAACUUUGGUAUUCUGAUGUGGCUCGGUGAUUCACCACCGAAGGAUACCACAGCACUCGACACCAUUUCUCAGGUUGGAUGCUACGUGUCGAUUGCUGCAUUGAUUGUGGCUCUAGGACUCCUGUUAUACCUCAAGUCGUCAUUGUCAUCAGAACGCAUUAUUAUCCACAUUCACCUUAUGAGCGUCACCCUUGUUGCGUUGACCAUCUUUGUGCUUGGUAUCGGGGCAACUGAUAAUGAAGUAUUGUGCAAGGUGAUCACCAUCGCCCUUCAUUUUUUCUUCAUGUCCAUGUUCAGCUGGAUGCUGGUGGAGGGAAUCCACCUCUAUCGCCAGGUCAUCUCCGUGUUCGAGAGCGAGAAAUCACGCUUGUGGGUCUACUUUGCUGUCGGAUGGGGAAUCCCUGUUGUUGUUGUGAUUAUUGGAACCUCCAUCUUCAUUUCUGACUACGGAGUAAACACAACGGCAUGCUGGUUGAAUCCUGCCGAUAGUAUCUGGGUUUUCAUGGGACCCAUAAUUCCGACAAUUGCGGUUAACCUUGUGGUGCUGAUCAUGGUGUCCCGUAUUGUGAUGUCGGCUUCGAAACUUCAACAAGAAAAACCAGCAUUUAAUAGUGUCAAGGCUGGGUUGCGUAGCUCUUUGCUUCUGCUGCCAAUCAUGGGAGUCACCUGGAUCUUCGGCUACUUUCAGGAGUUAAACGAAGUCUUUCAAUAUGCAUUCGUCACUCUGAAUGCUUUUCAGGGGUUCUUCAUGGCCCUGUUCCACUGCUUCAUGAGUACUGAGGUUAACAACGCCCUCAAACAGAAGAUCCGACGUGUGAAGGACAGCAGCAUGGGUGGCGCCUCAUCUGUGGACUCGCUCCAUCCUAAAUGCCUCAUGACUGCUGACAAAGCCCCACUGUACACGGUUAUUUCACCAUUGGACAUCGGAGAUGAUCUUCUGUAUGACAUGAAAUAGCUGGCAAUCGCACAAGCCAGCAAUGUUUACGAGCGGAAUAAGAAAAGUCAAGGUCUCCCCAUCACAAACGGACGACACGGAUGGUUUCUAA